GUAGGCAUAACUUCACCCCACCAUGCGAUAGUGCUUACUCCAUCACACACCAUGACGAAGUUUCGACCUUGCAUAGACCUCCAUUCUGGUCAAGUCAAGCAGAUUGUCGGUGGAACUUUGACAACUGCCUCUGCAGACCUUAAAACUAAUUUUGUCUCCAAACUUCCCGCUGGUCACUUUGCGAGAUUAUACAAAGACAAUGGCUUGGAAGGGGCACACGUUAUAAUGCUAGGUCCUGGCAAUGAAGAAGCUGCUAGGGAAGCAUUGGCCGAGUGGCCAAAUGCCUUGCAAGUUGGAGGAGGAAUAACGGACAAGAAUGCAAAACAAUGGAUCGAAUGGGGUGCUGAAAGGGUAUGUUUGAGCAGUUUCUAUUCUGCCAAUAUAGUAUACUAACGACAGUAGUAGGUGAUAAUUACUUCGUUCCUGUUUCCAUCCGGGAAAUUCUCCCAAGAGCAUCUCGAUUCUGUCCUGUCCGCUUUGGGUGGUGAUAAAGAUAAGCUAGUUAUUGAUCUGAGCUGCCGGAGGAAAGAUGGUAGCUGGUUCGUCGCCAUGGACAAAUGGCAGACAAUUACCGAUAUGGAGAUCAAUGAGGGUCAGUGUUUUUCUUGGAAACGUGUAAGCGAAAGACUGACACAUAAUAGCAUCAAUCAAAUCACUGGAGCCAUAUUGCUCCGAAUUUCUUAUCCACGCUGCGGAUAACGAAGGCCUACAAAAGGGAAUUGACGAACAGCUUGUGGAAAAAAUCGCUGAAUGGUGCAGUAUACCUGUAACUUAUGCCGGUGGUGGACGCAAUCUUGAAGACUUGGACCGUGUCAAGAAAUUGAGUAAUGGCCGUAUCGACCUUACAAUUGGUAGUGCCCUCGAUUGUUUUGGUGGUUCGGGGGUGACAUUCGAAGAAUGUGUCAAAUGGAACAAGAACUCGACUAGUUGAAUCUAGUAAAUAUUUGAACCAAGGAAUCCACAAUAACACAAGCCCUAAUUUUUUCGACUCAUGAAGCUAGGUUAUAAUUACACUUAAUAAGAUGUUUGAACUUGUUAGUGUAUAGUAACA